GGCAAGUUUUGCCAACAUAGAAACCAAGAAACAUGGGAACAUGUAAAGCACCCAUUUUUAAUCUCUUUAGUUCUUCUCUUUUUUCUUCACGUUCAAAACUUAGAGAACACCCAAAACCCAUUUCCAGACCUCCAUUAACGAACAGACGCCUUCUCCUCUUCUCUCUCCCUGUUAGCACUCUUCUGCUUAACAACUCUUUGCAACCCAGUUCUUGUUGUGCUCUUGAAAGCUUCGACCCUGUGAGCCCCACCGAUAGAAAAGCAAGUCUUGCCACUUCUCAGAGAAUUUCAGAAGCCUUGGGGUUGUUGGACAAAGGGAGAGAAUUGCAAGCUCAAGGAGACUUUGACCAGGCUCUUUACUGUUUUUCUCAGGUAAUUGAAAAGUACAAAGAUUUCGCUUUCUCCGAGUAUGCAAGGGUGGGAAGGGCAUUGGCUUUGUACGAAGUCGGUGACAAGGAAGAAGCGAUUGCAGAACUGGAGGAUGUUUCCAUAUCUUUGAAGGGAUAUCCAGAAGUACAUGCAGCUUUAGCAGCAGCCUUAUACGAGGAUAAACAUGCUCCUUUACUUGCAGAAAACCAAUUCACAAUUGCAGUUCUACUUGAUCCUCACUAUUCAGACCUCUCAUAUGUAAAGGAAACAAAGCAUUGGCCUCCUAGUUUGAUUAUUUCCUUGCGAAAUUUCAUCACACUUUCCUAGGGAGUUAUACAUAUAUACAUAUAUACAUAUAUAUAUAUAUAUAUAUAUUUUUUUUUUUCCUGAAGCGAGCUUCCAUAUAUGUAUGCAAUUGCAAAAUUGUCAAUUUCUUUUUUGUUAUUAUUUUUUUUUCACUAAAAGUGUUUCAUCAUUAUAACUGUUACAUUAACUUGUGUAUUAAAGUUUCUUAUUCUGUAAUUUUUACUGUCAGCUUACAUUUUA